AUGACGACCAACACCACGUUCAAGGGAUUGCCCGUCAUCCCUGACGAACCCCUCACUACGACUGCCCCGCGCAAAAUCCAAAAGUCCUUCCUCGCGAUCGAACAAUCCGAAGGCGCCGGUGCGCGAGUGCGAAGGUCUAUCGGAACUCCCCAGCUCCGCAACUUCUCGCCAUUCCUUAUGCUGGACCACUUCUCGGUUCCGCCGGGUGCUGGUUUCCCUGACCACCCUCAUCGUGGCCAGGAGACCAUCACGUACCUGCUGUCUGGCGCCCUCGACCACGAAGACUUCGCAGGGCACGCAGGCUCCAUCGAAGCAGGCGAUCUGCAAUUCAUGACCGCCGGACGGGGCAUUGUACAUGCCGAGAUGCCUCGGCAGAACGAAGACGGCUCGCCCAACGUUGGUAUGCAACUCUGGGUUGACCUCCCGAAGGAAUUGAAGUCCUGCGAGCCGCGAUACCGAGACCUGCGCGCAAAGGAAAUACCCGAGGCGACCGGCGACAACGGCAAAGUGAAGGUCAAGGUUAUCAGCGGGCGCGCGUACGAUACCGAUUCGCUUAAAGAGCUGGCAUAUACCCCGGUGUGGCUGCUUGACUUCACUGUCCAGCCUGGCGGCCACGUCAAGCAGGCGCUUCCCAAGGGCUGGAACGCAUUCGCAUAUCUGCUCAACGGCACCACUAUUUUCUCGUCCGAGGGUGUGUCGCGGCCUGUCCCUCAGUACCACAACGUGGUCUUCGGGACCGCUGGCGACAGCAUCGAAGCCACCGUCGAGGAAGGCGCAGAGACGGCGUCGCGCUUCAUCCUUGUCGCGGGAAUGCCGCUCGACCAGCCCAUCGUCCAGUACGGACCUUUCGUCGUUACUAGCCGCGAUGAGGUCGUCCAGGCCAUGACCGAUUACCAGACGCACUCAAACGGGUUUGAGCGCGCGUACAACUGGGAGUCCGAGAUUGGAAAGAACAUGGUUCAUUGA